GCCUACUUUUACUCUGCAGAGACCUCAUCAGAUGUGCUCUGCGGCGCUCCGUCAUGACGUCAUGACGCUCGGCGUGCGAACGUGAGAUCAGCAGAACCUUGUGAAGACAAACUGGACUGCAGUAAGGUGAAGCUGUGCACACAUUAUGGCGAGUGUGCUGUGCAGGAGGGUGAGACAGGUGAGUCAGUCGUCUGUGGGUCACACACUGGCUCAGAGGAUCGUGGCUGUCAGAGGUUUUUCAGCCGCGGGUUCGUCUGGAUCAGAUGAGCCGUAUAUAGCUGUGCCAUCUCGAAACUCAGGUCCCAGGACAGUGUGGCCAGAUGAGACCAUGGGUCCGUUCGGGCCUCAGGAUCAGCGCUUCCAGUUGCCAGGCAAUGUGGGUUUCGACUGUCACCUGAAGGGUUCCGGGUUACAGAUGAAGGGGCUGGUUCACAGGACGGUCCCGGAUGUUUUAACCGCCCCAUCCAGCACAGAGAGACACGAGUUCAUCCUCUCUCAGUUUGUGAAUGAGUAUCAGGGUGCGGCGCAGAGAGUCAGUAAAGCUGAACACUAUUUCAGUCAGUCAGAUGUGGAGUGCUCCAUGCGUUCCUGUCCAGAGCUGCUGAAGAAAGAGCUGGAGCUGUUUUUCCCAGUGCUGCCUGCGAGUCCCAUCACUGUCGUCACCGUAACACAGAGGAAGCAGAAGACGGCCACAGAAGAUCAGAACCAAGAUCAACAGAAACUACUAGAUCAUUUUGUCAGAGGUGCUAAAGAAAUCUGCUUCACUCUGUGGAGAGGGGGAUACUGGGCCGAUUUCAUCAAUCCACUGUCAGGAAAAGCUUUUUUUGGCGCUCAGACGCCGGACUCUAUUCUACAGCGUCACGCUGGUUUUCACAUCGAGGACCUGGCGGCGUGUACGGUCAUACGACACGUCUUCAAGGAGACGUCCACGUUCGUCUUAACACUCAUCACUAACGCACCUUCCAACAGUCUGAUCAUGGAGAAACUUCAGGGACACGCCAGCGCCUCAGAGGACACGGACUGACGGACGUUUGCAAACCUGAGCCAAAUCUACGUUCUGAUUCUUUUAGAAGAGAUUUUUGAAUAAAACUUGCUGGUUGUGAUGUUACAAAAUGAGCUUUUGAGAGUAACUGCGGUUGUGAGCGGAUUUAAAAAAAAACAGCAAAAAUGAUAAUUUAUUAAAAAAAAUAAUAAUUUGAACACAGAUGUGAAUCCACAUGGUGCUUUACAAAACAUCAGCAGCCUUUGAGAGAACAUACUGUGUGUAAAACGUCGUCUAGAGUCGGGACAUCUGAAACAGAGGAAACCCAACCAGUGCCACAAUGACUAACAAGAUUUUUUUAUUUAUUUUUUGGUAAACAAAUCACAAUUUUAGUACAAUAGAAUAUUAUUGGAUGAACGGUUCGACUUCUACCAGCGAUUGCAGAAGUUCCAGAAUGAACGAGUGGAAAAGUGGGAAGAAUUCCUCAUGUUCCUUCAGCUUUACGAUGAGACUGUGAAAUGCAACACAAACACCAACUGUCUGCAGUUUACAAAUGAAUAAAGGAGCCUUUUUGGGGUAAAAUAAAAUGUUUCCUGAAACCCACUCCUGCAACUUGACAAAGCAAUCGCAUAUUUCCAAAUUUAGGUUCUUUUAAAUUAAAAAGUGUUACGUCCUUGGGCGUAAUUUAAGGUGUUAUUUGUGCAGUGUUUUGUCUCCCUAUUCUCUCUACGCCAUUUCAAAAGCUUAAUGAAGAUCAGCUGGUUCUGGUUGUCAUCAAUCACCGGGUUCCUCUGAUUGGCUACUGGAGGGGAAGCUUGUGGAUAAAAGCUGAAGACUCCAUCUGAAGUGUGCCCUUUACUGCCUCUGGAGACUUUUCAUCCUGCCUCAGACCAUAGCUUGUGUGCUAGUUGUUUGUUUACAUAGUUGUUGGUGUACAUAGUUGUUGGUGUAUACAGUUUGAAACGUUGGAGAGUUGUGGUUUAUUUGUUUUUGUACAAGUAAGCUCCCAAGGGGUAGACCUAAAGUUGAAAGUUUAAUUAAUUUUGGAGCCGUAGGGAGGAGGACGCCAUUUCUUUUAUUGUCCAUGUUUUCACCUGUUUUUGGGCUAGAAAGGGAGUAAGGUAAGACUUUUGUUGUUUAUUUUGGAUUUUGUUUUGAGAGAUUAGAAAGUACUCCUUUUUGUAAGUUAGAUCUGUUAUGUUUGUUAUUUUGGCCUGGUCCCCUCCUGAAGUUUAUUUUUGCUCCAUGCUAAGCAUCUUUCCUUGAGUUUGUCAAAUAAACCAGAAUUCUAGACUGUGA